AUGAUGGCCGCACGACUCCUGGGAACGUCUUCAAAACUGGCAAAGUUAAAUAUGCAUUUUCACACUGCCAGAGUGGCAUUCUUGCCUAUCGUUCAAUUCAAGUUGUCUGAUAUUGGAGAAGGAAUCGCCGAAGUCCAAGUUAAGGAGUGGUAUGUGAAAGAAGGAGACACAAUUUCCCAGUUUGACAAAGUCUGUGAAGUGCAGAGUGACAAAGCCGCAGUCACCAUUUCCAGCAGAUACGAUGGAGUCGUCAGAAAAUUAUACCAUGAUGUCGAUGGAAUGGCUCGUGUCGGACAGGCUCUUAUUGAUGUCGAAAUAGAAGGAAGUGUUCAAGAAGAAGAGCAACCGAAGAAAGAAGCUUCUAAGUCCACUCCUCAACCUUCUAAAGAAGCAGGCAGUGCCCCCGAAUCCACACAAUCAGAUGGAAAGGUUCUUGCUACUCCGGCUGUUCGCAGAAUUGCCAUCGAGAACAAAGUGAAAUUGUCGGAUGUUCGUGGUAGUGGAAGAGAAGGAAGAAUUUUGAAAGAAGACGUUCUCAAGUUCCUCGGACAAGUAUCUGCCGAUCAUGUUUCUGGAUCAACCAACAUUCGUACUACUCACCAAGCUCCUUCUCCAGGUGCUAAGUCGUAUGAACCACUCAAAGAAGAUGUUUCUGUUCCGAUCCGUGGUUAUACUCGUGCUAUGAUCAAGACAAUGACUGAAGCUUUAAAAAUCCCACAUUUCGGAUACAACGAGGAGAUUAAUGUUGAUGCUCUUGUGAAGAUUCGAGGAGAAAUGAAAGAUUUCGCCAAGGAGCGUCAUGUAAAACUCAGUUACAUGCCAUUCUUCAUCAAAGCAGCGUCUCUGGCUCUUCUUGAAUUCCCAGGACUCAACGCAACGACCGAUGACAAGUUGGAACACGUGAUUCACAAGGCAUCGCACAACAUCUGUUUGGCUAUGGAUACUCCUGGAGGCCUUGUUGUUCCAAACAUCAAGAACUGUGAACAACGCAGUAUUUUCGAGAUCGCUCAAGAAAUUAAUAGACUAAUGGAAGCAGGAAAACGUCAACAAAUAGGAAGAGAAGAUUUGGUCGGAGGAACUUUCACUUUGAGCAACAUCGGCGCAAUUGGGGGUACGUAUGCUUCGCCUGUAAUCUUCCCUCCACAAGUUGCCAUUGGAGCCAUUGGAAAAAUAGAACGUCUUCCACGAUUCGACAGACACGAUAACGUGAUAGCUGCUAAUGUGAUCAAGGUCUCCUGGUGUGCAGACCAUAGAGUAGUCGACGGAGCAACAAUGGCUCGCUUCAGCAACCGUUGGAAGUUCUACCUUGAACACCCAUCCGCUAUGCUUGCUCAACUCAAGUAA